AUGGUUUCUGUUUCCCUAUAUACACGGGCUGCAAGAACCUUAUGUGCUCGCUCAGCAGUUCUCCAACAAGCCUAUGCUCGUGGAUUCACGUCGUGUUCCAUUUGCUACAAUGAACUAGACGAGAUUUAUGACAACUUUAACAAGCAUGUUGGCGAUUCCAAACCAAAACGACAUGAUACCAAGUUACGUGAUGGCCGAAAACCUCGCUUUGAGAGUGGGGUUCGACCACCUAGAGAGUUUAAAUCUAAAUCCCCCGACCAACCCCCUAACGCAAAGAGAUUCCAAAAAUCUGAUGAUAGAUCCGGUACAUCAAACUCAGAAUAUAAGACGCUUGAUGAUUAUGAUAAAGACAGUCCGCCUCCGAAACGAUAUCCCCCCAAAACUAAAGGAAGAUACCAAUCACGACAAGAUGAUAUUAAUGUCAAGCGGGAAAUGUACCAAAAAAUGAAAGAUAACGAGACCAUUCGUCGAAGUGUAGACGAAAACAGUGAGUUUGGACAAUUGAAAAAAGUCAUGUCCAAGGCUAUUCCCAAGGACGACAUCAAUAUUUUUAAUUCAGACUCUUAUUUCAACUUUAAAGACGAGGAUGGGUAUUUUAGAGAGGAUUUGAGUCCCAUCCGUAUGGCGUUUAACUGGGAAAAACAAAUGCAGGAAAUGGACCAAGACCCCAAGUACGAGAAAUUAUCUGAUCCUCACAUCAAGUUUCUUGCCCAACUCAAGGAUUGGGAAGAACGUAGGAAACGUGCUCGAAUGCGCAAGUCUGGCUUUAAGUUUCCCGAGGAAAUGCCUGGGCAUGUUCCUCCAAAGCAAUUGGAAAACCCCGCGAAAAAUUACAAUGGAGAGUUGGCGCGGUACAUUGAGCCCAACAAUGUGGAACUCAAGGGGGUCUCUAACAAGACUAAAGAUCACGCACCUUUGUUGAGCCAUAAUCUUGAUCGAGUACUUUUUUCACCUGGUGUACAUGUUCUCAAGGAUGACCGUACUAAUGUUUACAACUUUUCACCAUCUUUGGAACGCAUCAUGUCGAUUAGAGACUUUGACUUUACCAAAGUAACGCCAUUCACUCCCUCAGCAAAUGACACUGUACUUUCGCAAACAGCUAAGGAAAACAAUAAACUUUUUACUUCGUCGACAUCGUCGCUUACCGGUAUCUUUAUGCAAAUGCAUUAUCUCAUUUCACGUAACCGUCCUCCAGUCACAACAGCUCUCUCCAAGGCUUUCCCAGAAUCCAAAACAACUUUCACAACUAGCAUGCGCAAGCCUGUAAGUGCAUUUUUGCGAUACCGCCCAGAGACUGAGACUUAUUCUCUAGACUCGGACAAAUCACAAGAUGAGGAAAUCAUUUUAUCAUUGCUUGGCCAAGUGAUGGAAACACAGCUUACAGUUGAUGAUAAGACUUUUAGAGGAGAGUAUACCAAGCCGCAUAAGCCUGAGGACUACAAGCAGCUGACCAACGCGCCUGCUAAUAUUUACCACUACUCAACAUGUGGCGACUUUGUGAUGCGAUCGCAAAUUGAUUGUUACGACCCGCGGUUACCCGGCACGGGCACAUUUGAUCUCAAGACUCGAGCCGUGUGUGCCGUGCGACAUGACCUUGACUACGCACAAGUGCACGAUGGCACCGAUUACCAAAUUAAAGCAAUCAAAGGAGAAUGGGAGUCAUAUGAGCGGGAGCAGUAUGACUUGAUACGAAGUGCGCUGCUCAAGUAUUCGAUGCAAGCCCGCAUUGGGCGCAUGGAUGGCAUUUUUGUUGCUUACCACAAUAUUCGGAAAAUGUUUGGGUUUGAGUAUCUUCCCUUGGAUGUUAUCGACAAGGUAUUCCACUCGUAUGAAGCUUCGGAGAAAGAUGCGCCGAGAAUUGCGGCGGAAGAGUUCCGGGUAAGUGCAGAAAUGUUGUCAAUGAUUUUGCGCCAAGUCAUUAAGGCAUACCCGAAACAAUCGGUGAAUCUUGUUUUCAAGGCACCAUCAUCUCCACGCGACAUUGACCAGCAGGGCCAUGCCAUGAUGGUGUUUGCACACCCAAUGCCCGAGACGGUUGUAGACAUGAUUCAACGUGGGGUCGAGCCUCCCCCUGAGAGCGAACUCAAGACAGUUCCAUUGAUUGAGGAGGUGACAGAUGAAGAGUUAAUUAAGGGUCUGAAGGCACAUAAAAAACAAAUGCAUCAGUUGCGAUUAGAUAAGAAGACUAAAACUGCUGGGAAGACUGUGUCAGAAAUCACGCCUGAACAACUUGCUAAGCAGCGCGAGGUUUACAAGGAAAUACUCAAGAAGGAGGCGUACUUGAAUCGACGCACACUAUUUGAUUUGUUCCGGGAUGGGUUUUCAGAGUCACACUUGAGGACUCGUGCAUGGAGCAUGACUGUGGACAAUUAUGUUGACAAUCAGCUUGUUCCUGUGACCACACACCCUGCGCCAGGCCCUAACUCUGAGUGGACAGUUGGGGUCAAAAUGAAGCCAGUGCAGCCCAAUCUUGUUUUUGAUAACCUGUCGUCAGUGAUCCGGGACUACCUGGAUGAGGCUGUUGAAGUGGAGCAUCAAGCAGAGCUUGAGGCUGAGAAGCUGCGGAGUGAGUCUAACAAGAUUGAAGAGAAGUUUACGGAGGAGGAACUUGCGGAGAUGGGCAAGGAUGGACAAGUGGCAAGCGACCGGACAAUGUUGUCGUCCUCGUCCUCAUCGUCGUCGUCGUCGCAAGAACUGGACGAGAAGACACGGGAACGACACUUGGUGGUGAAUCCACCAAAGGUAUUGCAAGUGGCAGAAGCCACUAAGUCCAAGUACAGUGCAGUACGGCCCAAGACAAUUGCUCGGCUAACUUCGCGACCUGAUACAGAGCGGAGGACGACAGAGGAGCUUGCAGAGUACGUUGAGCGUGGUGUUGCACGGAUGCAGAAGCCUUCCAAGUUUCAGCGUAAGCUACGAGGGUUUGGUGAGCGGAGCCGGGCCGAGGCAGAGUUGACUACUAAUGGUAGUAGUGGGUCUGACGACGAGCCCAUUGUAUGGACGCCCAAGGUGUAA